GCAUGUGCUGGUUCUGCGAUACUGUCACCCUUCGUGUACUGUGUAGUCAGCAGCAACAUCGUGGUGUUGUGGAAAUUUGUGUGUGACAUUCUCCAAGUAAUUUAUAAGCGUUUAUAAACUGCAAACAAGAAUAAGCGAAGAAAUGUGUUUCGGAAGUAAAUUAACAUGGUUAUGUUCAUAACAACUAAAUACCUGAGUUGUUAGUGCUUGUUUUUGGCCUGACCGGUAAAAUCGAGACGUGUAUCUUCGUAAAAGAAACGGCUUAGUGUGUGACGUGCUGUCAGGAGAAGUUUGACUACGAGGUAAUCUCCUCAUAUACUUCGUGGCUAACGAGAAAAGGCGGACAGUGAAAUACAAAGGUUGUCCAUACUGCAGAACUGAAGCGAUGGACCAGGAGCCAACUAAGUGGUUAAAAAAAGAGGAAACUGAUGAAGUAAAAACUGAGUUUCACUUCAUAGCCCAAGAUUAUCCAUGCAGCAUGAAUGUAAAAGAAGAGUUGGAGGAGGGUGUGAAUAAAGAGUUUCUUGAAGACCCAUUAAAGGUUUGCGACCCUAGUGCUUGCGUAAAGGAAGAUCCCGAACUGAAACACCGUGGUGCUGGAUCUGAGCAUAAUUCUGUUGAAGAUCCAUUGGGAAUAUCUUUGUCCACUGAUUUUAUCAAGGAGGAUCCUGAAUUAAAUAUAACUGAGAAUACUGUGGAAACCUCAACAAGAUAUGCAUCUGGUAGUGCAAGAUUUACUCAGACUGCUGGUGGGAGUUGCAGCAUAUCAUGUGAAGAAACUUGUCACCAUAGACUGGUCCAGGAUGAGUUGGUGAUAGACGUGGAGAAGUCAACACAUGGGUUCAGUACCAAUACAGAAGAAGUGACUAUUGAUAAGGAAUGCUCAGUUGCCACCCAGUAUGACUGUAGCACGAGGGAAAAGGAAUUACAUGUAUAUAGCUGUAAUUUCUGCCAACAGAGUUUUUCUUCAAAAUACAGACUCAUAAUGCAUGUGUUUAUGCACAUUGAUGGAACGCAACCACCUUCGUAUGUUUGUAAGUGGUGUGGUGAGGUAUUUCACAGUGAUGUUAACUUGAAAAAGCAUAUGAGAAUGAGUGAGAAUUGUCAAGUUUUAAGUGCUGACAGUCAUGAAAAGUAUGGACAUAGUGAUGAGCAUCAAACCGCUACCUCGAUGGAUAGUGAGGCAGAAGUUUCUGUCACAGAACACAAUGUGCAGUCAUCAUGUAAGGAAACUUGGAAAGGUUCAAAGAAGCCCUCUAAUGACAUGUAUAACACACAUAUGACAAAUGAUAGAGAGAAAACAAGUAAUUAUAGAACUUUGUCUAUAGCUGUUAAUGUCAGUGCUCAGGCUGAUCUACUUACUGCAAACAGAACUGACAGAUGUGGUAUUUGUGGGAAAUUGUUUGCUAGGUCAGGUGAUCUUGAGAGACAUGUUUCCAUUCAUACUGGGAAAAGACAUCACAAAUGUGAUAUUUGUCAGAAAUGGUUUGCCAAAUCACGUUAUCUAAAGGCUCACACAUUAAUUCACACUGGAAAGAAACCUUACAUGUGCGAGAUUUGUGGGGAAUCUUUUACUAUGCUAGGUAAUCUCAAGAAACAUUCAUUAAUUCACACUGGAAAGAAACCUCACAAAUGUGAGAUUUGUGAGAAAACUUUUGCUUGGUCACGUGAUCUCAAGAAUCAUGUUUUAAUUCACACUGGAAAGAAACCGCACAAAUGUGAGAUUUGUGGGAAAUCUUUUGCUAGGGCAGAUCAACGCAAGAUACACACAUUAAUUCACACUGGAAAUAAACCGUACAAAUGUGAGAUUUGUGGGAAAUCUUUUAUUGUAUUAGCCAAUCUUAAUAAUCAUAUAUUAAUUCACACUGGAAAGAAACCUCACAAAUGUGAGAUUUGUGGGAAAUCUUUUACUGUUUUAGGUGGUCUCAAGAGACAUGUAUUAAUGCACACUGGAAAGAAACCUCACAAAUGUGAGAUUUGUGGGAAAUCUUUUACUAUGUCAGGUGAUCUCAAAAAACAUGUAUUAAUUCACACUGGAAAGAAACCUCACAAAUGUGAGAUUUGUGAAAAAUCUUUUACUAUGCUAGGUAAUCUCAAGAGACAUGCAUUAAUUCACACUGGUAAGAAACCUCACAAAUGUGAGAAUUGUGGGAAAUCUUUCAGUAUGUCUAGCUAUCUCAAGAAACAUGUAGUAAUUCACACUGGAAAGCAACCGCACAAAUGUGAGAUUUGUGGGAAAUCUUUCACUAUGUCUAGCUAUCUCAAGAAACACAUAGUAAUUCACACUGGAAAGCAAACGCACAAAUGUGAGAUUUGUGGGAAAUCUUUUGCUAGGGUAGAUCAACGCAAGAUACACACAUUAAUUCACACUGGAAAUAAGCCUCACAAAUGUGAGAUUUGUGGGAAAUAUUUUACUAUAUUAGCCUAUCUUAAUAAACAUCUAUUAAUUCACACUGGAAAGAAACCUCACAAAUGACAGAUUUGUGGGAAAUCUUUCACUAUGUCUCGCCAUAUGAAGAAACGCGUAUUAAUUCACACCAGAAGUAAACCGCACAAAUUUGAGAUCUGUGGGGAAUCUUUUGCUACAUCAGGUGAUCUCAAGACACAUGCAUUUGAACACACUGGAAGUGGACCUCACAAAUGUGGUAUCUGUGACAAAAGUUUCACUUACUUGGAUACUCUCAAGACACAUGCAUUACUUCACAUCAGAAAGAAAAUGUAAGUAUGUGUUAGAUUACACAAAUAGGUUUUCGUGGUUGGUGCCCUCAAGGCCUAUAAAAUAAUGUAUAUACCAGGGGACAAUAAAUUGUACUUCUGGUGAAAUAACUUUAAAAUCUGGUAGAAUAGUGAAAAAACUUGUAAUGAUGUGUACUAUGGAGUGCUAACAGAUAAUGCGACAAAAAAUUCAUAUCUGUAGCUUCAGAUGUCAAGGAAUGGUAUUACGAAAUACUCAAGAAACAUGAAUCAAAUGUGUUUUUGUCAUUAGCACUGCUGCUUUUUCCUAUUGAUCUUGCGACAAGAAGAUUGUGAAUUGUGAUAAAUCCUUACAUUUGUCAGUAAUCAUAAGUAUCCUGCAAUAUUCAGUAUAAGGCCAAGGAAAUGUGAUGACUUGCUGCUUAAUAUUCCAAAGUAGUACUUGUAACUCUGUAUAGACACAGUGACAGUAAAAAUAUAUUCAUGGCACUGGCUUCAGUGAGACUAGUAAACUCAAUACUGGAGAAACAUGAAUAUAACAAUUAUUUUACUCUGAUAUGUUUUCUCAAGAGACUUGAUUUGUCAUUAAUAGUGUGUACAUUUAUGUUCUGUUGGUACUAAUCCUGCAUUAGUAAACAUAACAAAUAUAAGAACGUGCUUAAUAGCAUGUUUGGCCACCUUUGGAAUACAGUACUUUGGCAAUUAUACAUGAUAUGGACUUGACACAUCAUUUACAUGUUUUUGGGUGUAUGUUGCACCAGUUGUAUUCCACACAUUCACAUUAGCUAAAUGGUAUGGUCAAGACAUCAGUGUUAGUUACCAUGCUACUCAGACCAUGCACAUGUGACAUGGACAGUUAGCCUGCUGAAAGAUGCCUCCACUAUGGGAGAGCACACCAGGAAUGAAGGAAUCCAUGCAGUUCCAAUAAAUGUCACAUAGUCUGCAACUGUCAUGAUGUCUUCUGUUGCCAACAGGUGUCCCAAAGGAACCAAACAGACUGCCCCCAAAGCAUAAUGGGCCCUCUAUUUGGUGCCAUUCAUUUAGAUGAUUGCAUAUCUGGGUGUGCAACUGACCUGGUGUAACAGGAAAUGUCACCCAUCCUGACAGUUAACAUUUGAAUUGACCUUCACUCCAGCCUCAAUGAUCCCUUGCCCACUUCAGUUGCAAGUGAACAUUUUGGUGGAUCAGUAUGGAAACAUACAGUGACCAUAUGUUCCAGAGCCACACAUUCAACAAUGUACAUUGAUCUGUGGGUUCCAAAACGUGUAUGGCUGCCCCAGCGUUUUUUUCUGUCAUUAGAUAUGCCACAUAUUGCCACAUGUCCAGCUUUACAGAGCAGGCAAGCUUAUGACCUCCAUACUUUGUGAAAAAGUAUAGAUGUAUUACAUCUUCUCAUAAUGUUAUGGACUCAUUACCUUUCAGCCACUUUCCUCAGAUGUUCACAACAGUAGCAUAGAUCCAUUGUACCAACUUCACCACUGUUGAGGUGCUAGUUCCCAACUGCAAUGCCACUUUAACUUGCCCUUUGCUAAAGUCACUUACAUAAUUAAAUUUACAUGUUCGCAACUCAUCUUACUGAUAGAACAUAAGGUGUAAACCUUUGGUCUGCUUAUAUACUUGUAAUCUGCUUACCGCAUCAUGUGAAUACAACAUGGAGUUCAUUCUCCUCAUGAACAGUGUUCAUGACAUUUUUGCCCAUCAGUGCCUUUUCAUGUAAAUGGGCCAGAUGCGGAAAUGUGUAAUCUAAGAAAUUCAUCAUGCUUGGUUGCCAUUUAUACUAGUGCACAAUAGCUAUAUGUUUGUGAAGUAUUUUUGUUUCACAAAGCUCUGUACAUAAUUCAGAGAUAAUAUACGUAAGUGUUAUCCACCAAAGCUCUUAAUUACUUGUUCAGCAUCUAAUACUGCGUAAGUUCUACAAAAAAAAAGAAUUAGGUAAACAAACAUUAGGUGUUAUUAUUUGAUUCCAGUUUUCUGUAUACACAAGAACACCACAUGGGAGAACUCAGAACGUGAGCACUAAAUAUUUCUUGUGUUAUAUUCAAAGAUGUUUCCAUUGUGGGUAUUUUUCUUAAUUUGUGUUAAAUAUACAUGAGGUUUUAGGAAAAUUGUACCUAUGCUUCAGUUUCAAUUUCAGAACGAUUGUUUUUAAUUUUGAUUUCCUACUUAUUUGUUAUUGUUGAAAGUGGUGUAGUAUGUUACAUCAUAUGUGUAACAAUUGGAGACAGUUAUAAUUAAGUGAUUGGCACUGUUCUGUGUUGCUAAACUUAAGCUGUGACACUUUGUAGUGAUAUGAUUACAUUGUAUUUCAUCUUUCCCAUGACAGUACAUCCACAACUGCUGUAUGGGUUAUUCAUAAUAGACAACAUCCCCAUACAUUUGGAUUAAAUAUUAUUUUCCAAUAAAAGGAAAGAAAAACCGGGUUUCUGGACAAUAGCCUUAUAUUCCAAUGAAUCUGAAAAUGUACUACAAAGUGUGGCGACUAAACAUAUUAUGAAUCUCUAAGAAACAGUAAAAUUUGUAAAACAUGGUAAAAAAAAGGUACACAAUAUGGACUGAAUAUCUAUAGGCGUCAGCUAAAGAUGGGUCAUAUGGUGUUUCUCUGGUACACGAGAUGUAAGCAGAAAAUAAACAUGUUCAGUGGUUGUGUGGAAAACCACCCAAAGAACUGAGUCCACAUAAACACUGCACAUACCCAUAAAUUAAAGAGUGUAACUGCACCUAUUAAAAUAAUAACCUAAGCUAAUCACUCCAGAAUAAACUGUUGUAUAAGAAUUGUCAAGGACAAGUCAGUUGUAGGUUUUGGAUCCAGGAGUAAGGGUAAUCAAGCAUAUUGUUUAAAAAAAAAAACAAUGAGGAGUACUAUA